AUGGCAUCUAUCCACGUCGGUAUUUUAGUCUAUGACUACCAGGCCAUUGAUGUUGUCGGCCCAGUUGACCUACUUCACUCGGCCAAUGCUGGAUUCCUGGAAGUGUCCAAAGUGUUUGGCCCUAUCGAUGAUGACGCCAUCUCUCGGGCUCCAAACUUUGUUUUCCAUCACGUUGGCAUCACGAAAGAACCAUUCCAUCUUUUCACCAGCGCGAUUACCCUUACCCCGACCACGACGGUGGAUGAGUGCCCCGAGCUGGAUAUCAUCUUGCUGGGAGGACCUAGUCCCGUAGGCUUUGAGCUGCACCCGAAAUACGUUAACCUCAUCCGUCGACAUAUCAGUGCUGGAAAGUUGCUCUUUACGACUUGCACUGGCUCAGCAGUACUCGCCUGUACGGGUCUUUUAGAUGGAAAGAACGCAACUAUCAACCACGCUGAGUAUGAAUGGGCGAAGGAGAAUUACCCUGCUGUCAACUGGACCAGGGAAAGGAAAUGGGUCGUCGAUGGAAAUAUCUGGACUGAAGCUGGUGCAGUUGCGGGAAUGGAUAUGCUAGCACAUUGGCUCAAGGAGAAAUUCGGACAAGACAUACUCAUAUAUGCUGCCCGGAAUCUAGACUACGAGCCUCGAUGCGUGGAUGGUGUGACACCUAUGAUUCCUAAGAGAUACGACCAAAGCGGAAAACAGCUUAGCACUCAUGAAUUUUUCUAUCAUUAG